AUGCGCCACCCGAGCAGGCACUUAUACCGCACCAUCUGCUGGUGCGCCAGGCGGUCCACCAGGUACCCUGGCUCCAUCAUCGGGUUAAGCUUGCGCACAUGGUCGCGGAAGCCGUCCAUCGUAGCUACGAUUGGGGUAUCAAGGUCAAACUGCAAGUCGCCAUCGUCGGCAAGGUCGUCAUCAUCAUCAUCAGCAUCCAAAUCCAUAUCGCUCACAUCAUGCAUCGGCUGGUCGUCAAUUAACCCAUACCCCUCAUCGCCAUCAAUCGGCGGCGAGCUGAGAGUAGGCACCGGUGGACCGCCCAUCUUCAUCCACUGGCCUGCUAUACCCGUCAGCCCAGCCUCCGUGCCGAGCUCACUCUUACUCCUACUGCGUCGGAUGGCAUUGCCCACGCCAGUGAAGAAACCCCCGACCGAGUUCGUGCUGCCUACCGACGCACGCCGGCUAUGGCCAUCCCCUGGCGUCAACUCCCUCCCAAAACUCGUAGUCAGGCGCGGCGACUGCGGCCGUACCCUGGUGCCGCUAGGUGACCGAGGUGGCGCGAGUGUACUGGUGGUGUUAUUCUCCUUCUUGCCUAGUGGCGACGCAGGAGGGCGCCCACGGUCGACAGCGUCGAUAUUCCGGUUGCGCUUCAGCUUCCCGGACUCGCCGACGCUCUUCUUCCGCACGACGUUCCCAAAAGCAUUGUUUAUCGUGGUCAGGAUGCCGGGCUUCUUCUCGUUCCCCUUGCCGAAGGACAGGCGCUUCAGCAAGCCCCCGCUCGUGAUAGCCUCGAUCUCCUUGACGCUCGGUGCACUGAGGCGACGCCGUCGAGUGCCCCACGUCGCGGAGCGCGAGAUGAUGGAAAAUGUGUCCGCUGCUGCGUUCCACUUCUCCAUCAUCUCCUUCGCCGUGGGGCCCUUUCCUUCAAUCGACGGGCUUACAAUAUUCGGGAAAGUUGCCGCAUCACUAAAGUGCCGCGACUGCUGCAUCAGCACCACAUCCUCAUCCGUGAUAUUAGAUGCCCCCUUAUUGAAGUAG